UCAACUCAUCGCUGCUCGCAUAGUGUCGUUUUUGGUCGCAGGCCUCGUUUUGUUCUCGUUGUUCGAUCUCAUCCAUGGCACCGCAGAUGGUGGCUGGGCCGGCAGCUGGGAAGGGGAUCCAAGCCGGGAGGACACCAUCGAGGGCUUAUGUUACGUUCUUGGCGGGGGACGGCGACUACGUGAAGGGGGCGGUGGGACUGUCGAAGGGGCUGAGGAAGGUGGGAUCGGCCUACCCGCUGGUAGUGGCUGUCCUCCCCGACGUGCCGCAGAGCCACCGCCGCCUGCUCGCCUCCCAGGGCUGCAUCAUCCGCGAGAUCGAGCCCGUGUACCCCCCGGAGAGUCAGACCCAGUUCGCUAUGGCCUACUACGUCAUUAACUACUCCAAGCUCCGCAUCUGGGAGUUUGUGGAGUACCAGAAGAUGGUGUACCUGGACGCGGACAUACAGGUGUACGAGAACAUCGACCACUUGUUCGACCUGCCGGACGGGCACUUCUACGCGGUGAUGGACUGCUUCUGCGAGAAGACGUGGAGCCACACGCCGCAGUACAAGAUCGGCUAUUGCCAGCAGUGCCCCGGCAGGGUGGCGUGGCCAGCCGACGAGCUCGGCCCGCCGCCCUCCCUCUACUUCAACGCCGGCAUGUUCGUCCACGAGCCCAGCCUGGCCACCUGCGAGUCCCUCCUCUCUACCCUCAAGGUCACUCCUCCCACCCCCUUCGCCGAGCAAGACUUCCUGAACAUGUUCUUUAAGGACAUCUACAAGCCGAUCCCGUUGAUCUACAACCUGGUACUGGCCAUGUUGUGGAGGCACCCGGAGAAUGUCGAGCUCGAGAAGGUGAAGGUGGUGCACUACUGCGCAGCGGGUUCGAAGCCAUGGAGAUACACGGGUAAGGAGGUGAACAUGGACCGGGAGGACAUCAAGAUUCUGGUGAAGCGGUGGUGGGAUGUAUACAACGACACCAGCUUGGACUACAAGGGCGCAGCGGCGACGGAGGGCGUGGUUGUCCCUGCGGCGGCGGAGGAGGAGCGGAAGCAGCCGCUGCUGGCGGCGCUGUCGGAGGCUGGGGCGAUAAAGUACGUGACCGCGCCGUCGGCUGCCUGACGAGGGUUAUCGUGUCGUGUCUCUUUUUGGUUUACGGGAAGAUGCCACGUGGUGACUUUGUUUAACUUCCAAUUAAUGGAAUAUGAUGUCUGCUUUGGUUUGAUUUCA